UGGGGUGUCAUGGAAGUGAGUGGUUGGGGUCCCCGUAUGAUUACGGAUUGGGCAUCCCCUGGGUUCAGUUCUGUGAGAACCGGUGAUCGGGGCACUGUUAAGGUGAGUGGAUGGGCAACUGAAGGAGGGAGGGCUUGGAAUUCUGUAGGGGUCCUUUGGGACUCAGUGUUUAGGAUUUCACUGACUCCAUUCCUAGUCAAUGAACAGACUCUGCUGAGAUUACUGGAUGGGAGUGUAGGGGAGCCAGCGCCGGGUUUCCCGGCAUUAGUGUUUAGAAGCCUGUGGGAAUCAGUGAUGAGGGGCGGUGCCGUCAUAAUCAGUCAAGGGACCUAUAGGAAUGACCAUGUGGGGUGCUUGGGGCUGAGCGAGGGGGAGCCUGGAAUGAUCAGGAAUAAAGGGUCCUAAGGGUAUCUGAUUGGGGGCGGGGCUGUGGAGAGACUUUGGAUUUCAUUGAUUGAUGCACUUCUGUGCGUUGGUUUUGUCACUUGGGGGUUGGUGAUUGGGGGCUUUGUAGAGCAGUCACUGGAGACCUACCAUAUGUGUAAUUGAAGGUCCUGGAGGGGUGGCCUGUGGGAUCAAUAAUGAGGGUCCUAGUGGGAUGAUGGGCUAGUGGGAUAAGUGGGAGUGGGGCUUAUGGGGCUCAGUGGUUGUGCGGUCUGAAAUUUGUGAGGUCCCUGUUGUGUUCAGUGAAAUGGGGGCUGGAGAACUCUCAGGUGGGUGGGUGGGGAACUGGGAGCCUUGUGAAUGCUAAAGGUUGGUCCGUGGGGUGGGGUGGCUGGGGGUUCAGUCAUUCAAGGUCUGUUGGACCUCGUGUGUGAUUGAGGCCAUCUUUGGUGAUUAUUGGCCUGUGUGGUUGUGUUUGUGGGUGUGGGUAGUCUCAAUGAGUGCUGACCAUGCGUUGGCUCAGGCAAGACUCUCACAGAGUAACUUCUGUUAAAUGACCAUAUUCUCUGUUGUUCUUUGGUCUUUCUCACCCAACACAUCACUUUGUUGGUCAGUGACGGCUCCUUUUACUGAAAUAUUUCCUCACUUAAACGUUCUCAGCUGGUUCAGCCUCAUUGCCCUCCUCUAUCCCCGAACCGCCUUCAGCUCUCUCUCUAGCUCCAGCCGUUUGAGUGUGGUGCUCCCUGAUGGGCAUGCUCUUCCCACAGGCGUCCACAGUGGGUUCCAUCCUCUGUUCAGGACUCAGCUAAAAGUCAUUUCCAGGAUGCCUUUUCUGGCCGUGGGAAGGAGCACCCUCCACCCACCCCUUCCUCUGUCACAUUUAAAAUUUCCUGUGAGCACUCUUUUAGUCUGACGUUACUUUAUUUUACUUGUUUUCCAUCUUAGAAUGCAUUUCUUAGAGGACAGGGACCCUGUCUGUCUUGGGACCUUAAGUCGUCUCUCCCAUGUGUUCAGAACAGGGCCUGGUUGUGAGAGGCAUUCAGCAAACUGCUGCUCUCCUGGCCCGUAAACAAGACUGUGCAUGUGUGUGUGAGUGUGUGCGUACAUGAGAGUGCUGAAUGUACAUGUGCGUGUGAGGGCGGGGUGCAGGAGUAUGUCGGGAUCCUGAAGGAGGAAACGAGAGUGGCAGUUUGGGAUGUUAGUAUAGUCGGCACAUUCCCUUUUCCAGAGGUGAGAGAAGAUCCGUGCAUCAACCCCAAAGGGGUCCAAGCUAAACAGAAGCUCCUGGGGCAGGUGGGCCUUUGAUCUCAGGGACCCCAGGUUCGGGUGGCAACAACUCUCUUUUUUCACUCAGGGCUUCCCAGACUGUUGAGACCCCUAAUUGUGUCCAGGAGAACUCCCUGGGCAUCUUGGAAAGAGGCAUUUCACCUUUGAAUGUUGCUCUCUGCUCUCCUAGAACCUUUUCUCAGAGAUUUGCCCUCCAGCCCUACACUCUUCACACUGGACUAAACAGAGUCCAGUUUCCCUGGGGGGAUCUGACUUUUAUGUGUAUAUACGCCACAAGUGGGCAAAACCCCUGUCAUUCUUCUCCCUUCCCACUUUUCGGAAUUUUUCCUGCUCUGGAUGCCCUUGCUCUGCCCUCUACCACUGUUUUGGGUCAAUAUUCAAAAUCCAGCCUGUCUUUCGAUUCUUUCUUGACUGCCCCACAAGAUCCUCCUUAUAUUGUUGAUGUGGGAACCUGUCUCCACUUACUGGCCCAAGUCGUCCCUCCGUUCUCUUCAUCAUAAAGUGGGAGACUUUCAAGGCCCUCAGGAGAUGAUGUCAGAAGCUGAUGUACAGGGUCAGGUCAAGGCUAAGAUGUGUUCAGAUGUUUCUUUUCUCCUGCCUGCUCACUGUCUGCACAGGGCACGGGCUUUGCUGACCAAGCAGCAACUGGUGAUGAGAGCAGCUUUGUCUCGUCUGUUUCCAGCCCUUGGCCCAACUUGGGGUGGGUAGUAACUGCCUCGGCGGGGCUGGUCUGGCCCCACUCUUGUUAGUUGCCCUGGGGCAAAACCUGGCAGUUCGCUAACAUCCAAGCAUAACUUCCUAUCUUCAUUUGCAGCAGAUUUGUCUCUAUGUCCAUUGGGACAUUGAAGACACCCUCACCUAUUCUUUAAUAGAACAGUGUCUUUAAAUAAAGAGCUCUUGCCCUAAACCUUCCACAGGUACUAUAUUAUCUCUUUGUUCCGUUUAUUUGCUGGAAAAGUGCCCACUGACCAGUCCACCGUGUCCAGUCUUCUUAAGUAGCCUGUCAGCCUGUGGAGACCAAGCUGGGAGCACCGGGAGCUUAGGUGCUCAGCAAACACCCUAGACCACAGGUGUAUUAGGAAGGAAAUGACAUCUCUUUGUGAUCUCACGCUGUGGAGUCUCCGGCGCUGAUCUUGUAUCUGGUUGAAUGUAAGUGACCUGGUCCAUGAGCAGUGAAGGAAUUCAAAGUGGCAUGGCUCUGAGGAACAAGAUAACUCAUGUGAGAUAAAAAAGAAGAGGCCUCAGGACUAGGGGUGCAUUCUCAGUGUACAGACAUUUGACCAGAGGCCUCUCUCCAGAGCAUCAGAACAGAGCAGAUUUUCCAAGCAGCUGAAAAUGAUCAAGUCACAGAUCUCAUUUGAGGAUGUGGCUGUGGACUUCACGUUGGAGGAGUGGCGGCUACUUAAUCCUACGCAGAAGAACUUGUACAGAGACGUGAUGCUGGAGAACUAUAGCAACCUAGUGUUCUUGGGUUAUCAAAUUAUCAAGCCUCAUGGGAUUUUCAAGCUGGAGCAGGAAGAGCCAUGGAUAAUAGAUGAAGUUCUAAGUCAGAACUUUUCAGAAGAAGUCUGGCUAGAUAACAAUCUCAAAAUGUGGCACCAGGAUAAUCAAGACGAGCUUAGAAGUAUGGAGAGAGGCGACGAAUGUGAUGUUUUUAGGAAAAUAUUUCAUUCAAGCAUUAACUUUGUUCAUUUAGCAAUGAGACCCCAUAAAUGUGGCACAGGUGAAAAACAUUUGAAACAUCGUUUUGAGUUUCUUAUUUCAAAAAAUAACCUUGGAAGAAAGAAACUUGAUGAGCUCAGUAAGAAAUUUUUAUUCUACAUCAAACCUGAUAGAACCCAUGGUGGAAUAAAAUACUGUGAUUGCAAUACAUGUAGAAAGGCCAGCAGUAGAGAGUCGUGGCUCAUUGCAGACCAUAUUACACAUACUGGAGUCUAUUUAUGCAUGGAGUGUGGCAGAGUUUUUAAUAAGAAGUCACAGCUCAUUAUACAUCAGAGGACUCAUACAGGAGAGAAGCCCUAUGGAUGCAGUGAAUGUGGAAAAGCCUUCUCACAGAAGUCAUUGCUCACUAUUCAUCAAAGGACUCAUUCAGGAGAAAAACCAUAUGGGUGUGGUGAGUGUCAGAAGGCUUUCAGUAGGAAGUCAUUACUCAUUUUACAUCAGAGAACUCAUACGGGAGAGAAGCCCUACGGAUGCAGCGAAUGUGGAAAAGCUUUCAGCAGGAAGUCACAGCUUAAAAGACAUCAGAGGACGCAUACUGUCGAGAAACCAUAUGGCUGCAGUGACUGUGGGAAAGCUUUCUCCCAGAAAUUAAAGCUCAUUACACAUCAGAGAACACAUACAGGAGAGAAACCCUAUAAAUGUGGUGAUUGUGGAAAAGCCUUCUUUUGGAAGUCCCAGCUCAUCACUCAUCAGAGGACUCAUACGGGGAAGAAACCGUAUGCAUGUAAUGAGUGUACCAAAGCCUUCAGCAGGAACUCACUCCUCAUCAGGCAUCAGAGGAUCCACACAGGAGAGAAACCCUACGAAUGCAAGGAGUGUGGCGAAGCCUUUGUCCGAAAACCACAGCUCAUGAAGCAUCAAGUAACUCAUACAGGAGAGAAGAACUAUCAGUGCAGUGACUGUGAAGAAGCAUUCUUUAAGAAGUCAGAGCUAAUCAGACAUCAAAAAACCCAUUUAGGGGAGAAACCCUAUGGAUGUGUUGAAUGUGGAAAAACCUUCUUUGGGAAGUCACAGCUCCUGACGCAUCAGAGAACUCACACUGGAGAGAAGCCUUAUGAGUGCAGUGAGUGUGGGAGAGCCUUCACCCAGAAGUCAAGCCUGAUAUCACAUCAGAGGACGCACACAGGAGAGAAGCCCUAUGAGUGCAGGGACUGUGGGAAAACCUUCAGCGAGAAGUCAAGCCUCGUUCAUCAUCAGAGAACCCAUACUGGAGAAAAACCCUUUGAAUGUAGCGAGUGCAGGAAGGCUUUUGCCUGGAAGCCACAGCUUCUAAGGCACCAGAGAAUUCAUACAGGGGAGAAACCUUACGAGUGCAGUGAAUGUGGGAAAGCCUUUGUUCAGAAAGUGCAGCUCAUUAAGCAUCAAAGAAAUCACACAGGAGAGAAGACCUAUGGGUGCAGUGAGUGUGCGAAAGCUUUCUUUGAGAAGGCACAGCUCAUUAUACAUCAGAGAAUUCACACAGGAGAAAGACCCUAUAAAUGUAGUGAAUGUGGGAAGUCUUUCACUAGAAAGUCACACCUUAUGAGGCAUCAGAGAAUUCACACAGGAGAUAAAUACUAUGGAUGCAGUGAGUGUGGGACUGCCUUCAGCAGGAAGUCACAGCUCAUGGCUCAUCAGAGGACUCAUGUAAUCUAGAAACCGCAUGAGUGCUAUGAAUAUGGGAAAUCUGUCAGACUGAUAGGAGAAAUCCUGUCAGUACACUGAGAAUGCAGGUCCCACCCAGCAGAGUUCAGAAAGGAGGGAGGUAUUUUUACGUAGACAGCGUAAGAGCCUUCUCCUGAAACACACAGCUUGUUACACGUUAAUGACUUGUUGGUGUGGAAGUCUUACCAGUAUCCUAGUAGUGCAGAACCUGGUAGUCAGGAGUGACAGCUUCUCAUCAGAGGAUCUAAACAUGAGGAGAAACUCAAUCGUUGUAAAAAUUGAGUGGGGGUUUCGUCAAGAAAGGAUAAUUCGUGGUACACUAGAGAAGACAUAUGCAAAGGAAAUACUGAGCAUCUUGAAUUAGAGAUUUCAGUAUGAAGGAGAAGUCCUAAUAGUUUUGAAGAAUUCUGGUAAGCAUGAUUCUAUCGAAAUAAUCCUAUAGAGUUGUGUUGUAUAUAAGUUACAAAAAGUAGUUAAUUUUAAGUGGUAGCUGUGUUUUAAGUGUGAAGAUAUGCUUUCUGCUGUGGUGAUGUGGCAAGGGCCAGAUUAAUCCCCUGCCUUGAACAGCUAGAAACUGUAAAAUGUAUAUGAAAUAACGGUUUCGAGACCUAUGACAGGCGGAAGCGUGUGAUCCCUGGCAGAAGGUGUAGAGAGUGAGGUGAGCCCAUAAGAGCCCAGCCUGGUGCCUGGUGGCAGUUCCCAGGGUGCACAUCAGGGAAAGGAACAAAUGUGGUCUUGCUGAAUCAAAGUGAAUUGCUGAAUUGGCAUUUGGGGAGGCCAGAGUAGCUAAAGUUUGCAGGGAGUUGUACUGGAGAGGAGGGAGCUUCCCAGAGAGAGGGCUGCAGAAAUCUACAAGGAGUCUGCUUAGUCUUUUGGCUUAGUACUGAUUUGCACACGUGUGACCAGAAAUUUCCUGAGUCCAGGAAAAGUGCUGGAAAGCAGUCCGCCAAACAGUUCCCAGAAAUCAAUGUAGGGCUGGGAAUAAAAUUCCCACCACCUGAAAUGGCAACGACUUUUAACACAUGGGGCAUCGGGUAGGAUUCCCAGCAGAGUAUUAUCUUAGUAGUGAAGUAAUUAAUCCUAGAUCGAAAGCUAGUCUGGACCCACAAUGUCUGGCAUCCAAAAACAUAGCUGGCAUACACAGAAGCCAUGAGAAUAUGACUUGUAACCAGGAGAAAAAUCAGUCACUAGAAAGAUACAGAAAAAAUGGAAGCAGUUGGCAUUAAAUAAGGAUAUUCAAAUAGCUUUUAUAGAUAUAUGGGAAAACAGGAAUGUGACAGAUGAAUUGGAAGAUGUAUUUUUAAAAGCCUGAGUGGAACUUCUCAGGAUGAAAACAACAAUAUCUGAAAAUUAAAACAAAAAAACAACUUUGGAUGGAAUUAAGAGCAGAUUAGACAUGGAAUAUCAAUGAACUUGAGUGAAAAUAAAAACUGUCCAACUGAUGGACACAGAAAAAAAAAAGACUCGAAGAAAAGACAAUAGGGAGUUGGUUACAGCAAGGCACGUGUAUUCGUAUGGAGUCCUAGAAGGACAGGGCAGAGAAGAGGCCUAAGAAAGUAUUUGAGGAAAUAACAGAUGAAAUGUUUACACAUAUGAUGAAAAAUGUAACUCCACAUAUUCAAGAAGUUCAAAGAACCUCAAGAUCAUGAAGAAAAUCCUGCUGAUGGACAUCCUAGUCAAGCGGAUAAAACCCGAUGAUAAAGACAACAGUUGUAAAGCACCUGGAGAAAGACAGGAUACUUGCACAGAACAGAGGACCACACACACUUGUGGUCAGAAACUACUCGAGCUGGAACACAACGGAGUGAGGGACAGACAACUUUACAUAAAACCCCCACCACCUGC